ACUCCAUGUUUACGGAAGACAGGUCAAGAAACAUCUAUGGAUGUACCUCACUCCGCACAUAUGCUGCUGGAUUAAAACUUUAACGUAUUUUAUUUUAAUUUUGUGUUAUUUCUGUAGCCUCUUGUUGUAGACAGGAACAGUCUUCACCAUGUGGGACCAUGAAAUCAGAGCCAUGGCGUCCACUCACUGCAUCAUCGCAGCGUCGGUGUUCAUGGCGACCGUCCUACCUGCGGUGCUCGUGCCGGGCUUCUCGGUGUACGGGACUCACCUGCUGUGGAUCUACUCGGUGUCUGGUGCGGUUAUCGCGGUCAGUGUCGCCGUCUUCUGGCUGCUUGGCAUUACACCGCCAACGAAGAAGCACACAGUGGGAUACAAGCUAUCGAGGUUGGUUCGUGCCUGUGUGUACUUCUUCCUGUCGUGCCUCUUUUUCCACACUGUGGUGGUUCUCUACGGAGCUCCACUGAUUGAAUCAGCCUUGGAGACAUUCUCUCUUGCUGUGCUCUUAUCCUCUUUGACCACGAUGAGGUGUCUCUGUGUCCUCGGCCCCAACGUCCAGGCCUGGAUACGAGUGUUCAGUCGACAUGGAGCAAUGUCUGUUUGGGACACAUGUCUACAGAUCACUGUGGCCUGCACGCUGGUCGGAGCCUGGGUGGGAGCAUUCCCUAUACCUCUGGACUGGGACAGGCCAUGGCAGGUUUGGCCUGUGUCGUGCAGCCUGGGUGCUAUGAUUGGUUUCCUGACUGGGCUUGUUGCUGCGCCUGCAUGGAUCCACUAUCAUCGCAAACAGCUCACGUACAAAAGCAAGUGAUAGGCAGAUAUACUAUACUUACUGUAUGUGUGAGUGUGACCAUGAGAAUAUUUUCUCUAAAUCUGCUGCUUUCCUUUGACCUUGUAAUGAUUAUUUAUUUGAGACUCUCACUAUUUGCUACCUUUAGGAAAGGUGAUUUUUUAAAAUAAAAUUCACUCUUUGAACAUUAUUAUUUUGUACACAUAAAGGCUUAACAUGUUCCUGAAGACUUUUGACAUGAAUAAAUCAUAACUUCUU